UCUCUACAACAUCUCUAUUUGUACUAUAUAUAUGUAUUUAUAUAUGCCUCUCUCUCUUCUUAUAACUCAAAAAAAUUAUACACACCAUUCUUUCUAAAAGCUCCCAUCUCUUUCUUUCUUCACAGUAACACUCACCCUUUCUUCUUCUUUCUCUGAUCUUGAUUCCAUAUCAGUUCAAGCACAAGGUUCAACCUUACAUUCUUCUUGUUCUACCAUCGGGGGAUUGAAAAGAUUUAUCAAUGGAGAUGGAAUCAUGCGUUCCACCAGGCUUUAGGUUUCACCCAACAGAGGAAGAACUUGUGGGUUACUACCUCAAGAGAAAGAUUAACUGUUUGAAAAUUGAUUUAGAUGUUAUUAUUGACAUUGAUCUCUACAAAAUGGAGCCAUGGGACAUCCAAGGAAGAUGCAAAUUAGGGUAUGAUGAGCAAACUGAGUGGUACUUCUUCAGCCACAAGGACAGGAAAUACCCUACCGGAACACGGACUAAUAGAGCAACUGCUGCCGGAUUUUGGAAGGCAACAGGCAGGGACAAGGCUGUUCUAUCGAAGAACAAAGUUAUAGGGAUGAGAAAGACCCUAGUUUUUUACAAGGGUCGUGCACCUAAUGGAAGAAAAACUGAUUGGAUUAUGCAUGAAUAUCGACUUCACACAGCCCACCAGGAAGAAGGGUGGGUAGUGUGUAAAGCAUUCAAGAAACCAAGCCCUAAUCAAAGGCCAGGCUUUGAAGCUUGGAAUCAUACUUAUUGUGCAAAUAUUACGCCUCCGUCAUUUUCAGACAAUAAUAUGGUUCAUAAUCCAAACCAAACCACAACAAGUACUUUUCACCAACCAAUAAUUAGCACAUCAAAACAAGAUCAUCAUAAUCAUUAUAAUAAUCUAGUAAUUCCAAGCCACUCUUUUUGGGAUAACAAUAACCAACUCAUUGACCUUCCACAACUAGAUAGCCCUACUACACUCUCUUCAAGUUUUGUAACUAAUAAUUUCCACCAUAACAAUAACAAUAAUGGUGUCACUAAUGAUGAUUUUGAGGAAGAAAGGAGCAAUAUUGGCACUACCCAUUUGGUUGAUUGGAAAAUUUUGGAUAAUUUACUUGCAACACAAGUUUCUGAUACAAGCUCACCAUUUCCAAUCUCAAGUUUGCCUUCCAUUUUACCUCAAACUUAUGAUCUUGAACCUCAUAAUAACCAUGUUACCCAUUUUCUUGAUUGCUUUCCUGAUUCAUAACCGAAAAUUAUAAAUCAUAAUGGACUCAGUUUUUUAGGGCUGUGAUGAGAUUCUGAGUUUAGCAACCCACUAGCCUUUAACACUAUCAUUUAUAUGUCAGAAUAAUAAUCAUAGAUAGUGCUAGGGGAUAUCUAUAAGGUGAAGGCCUAUGUUUUAGAAGGUAUUCAAGAAAUUGCAUAUGUAUUGAUCACGUAUUUAGGAAAGAAGAAGAAGAAGAAGAAGACCUAUGAUUAGAAUUUAAUGUGAUAUAGAGGAAGAGAUUUCACAUGCAAAUUGAAUCUCUCUUACCAUAAGUUCAGAGUCGUCAAGGGAGGUGAAGCUUUUAAUUCACCUUUUCCUUUUAUUUUUUAUUGCUUACUGCUUUUGGUUAAUUAUGUUUAUUUCAUAAGUGUAAAUUUUUUUGUCAUUACAUGCAUUUGUUACGAUCAUGAUUGUGUACUAAUGAUAAUGUUUCUAUCUA